AUGGCGAACGUAGCGCUUAACGGCAGUGAGAAGAAGAUGGCGGAGGCAGACAAAAAUGCAGAGUUACUCAAGGAGAAGGCGAAUAGUUACUUUAAAGAAAAAGACUAUGAAAAUGCAAUCAAGUUCUACACAGAGGCCCUGGAGCUCAAUCCAGCCAAUGCAAUCUACUAUAGCAAUCGAAGCCUGGCAUACCUACGCACUGAGUGCUAUGGCUAUGCCCUCGCGGAUGCUACGAAGGCCCUGGAGAUAGACAAGAACUAUAUCAAGGGGUACUACCGCCGGGCCACCUCCAACAUGGCACUGGGCAAGUUCAAAGCUGCACUCAAGGAUUAUGAGACGGUAGUCAGGGUCCGACCCAAUGACAAGGAUGCAAAGAUGAAGUACCAGGAGUGUAACAAGAUUGUGAAACAGAAGGCUUUUGAGAGAGCCAUCGCAAGCGAUGAGACCAAAAGAUCCGUUGUGGAUUCCCUAGACAUCGAAAACAUGACAAUUGAGGAUGAGUACGCAGGCCCUAAACUCGAGGAUGGGAAGGUCACCUUGAAAUUCAUGAAGGAGAUGAUGGAUUGGUUCAAGGACCAGAAAAAACUGCACAGAAAGUGUGCUUAUCAGAUUUUGGUCCAAGUAAAAGAUGUUCUAUCAAAACUCCCGAGUCUUGUUGAAAUCACAUUAAAAGAGUCAGAAAAGAUUACAAUUUGUGGUGAUACGCAUGGGCAGUUCUAUGAUCUCCUCAGCAUCUUUGAGUUGAACGGCCUACCCUCACACGCCAACCCUUAUCUGUUCAAUGGGGACUUUGUGGAUCGUGGCUCUUUCUCAGUAGAGGUUAUUCUCACUCUCUUUGGCUUCAAGCUGCUCUUCCCUGACUGCUUCCAUUUGCUUCGGGGUAACCAUGAGACAGACAACAUGAAUCAGAUGUAUGGAUUUGAAGGGGAGGUCAAAGCCAAGUACACAGCUCAGAUGUUCCAACUGUUUAGUGAGGUUUUCCAGUGGCUUCCUCUGGCACAGUGCAUCAACAGCAAAGUUUUGAUAAUGCAUGGGGGACUCUUCAGCGAAGACGGAGUCACGCUGGAAGACCUCCGGAAGAUUGACAGGAACAGACAGCCUCCAGAUUCUGGUCCCAUGUGUGACCUCCUGUGGUCAGAUCCCCAGUCUCAGAAUGGUCGGUCGAUCAGCAAGCGAGGGGUGAGCUGUCAGUUUGGGCCGGAUGUAACGGAGCGCUUUCUCGAGCAAAACAAGUUGGACUUCAUCGUGCGCAGUCAUGAGGUCAAGGCUGAGGGCUACGAGGUCACUCACUCAGGGAAGUGCAUCACAGUGUUCUCAGCGCCCAACUACUGUGAUCAGAUGGGAAAUAAAGGAGCCUAUAUUCACCUCAGGGGAUCAGACCUCAAGCCAGAGUUUCACCAGUUCACUGCUGUGCCUCAUCCGAAUGUCAAGCCCAUGGCAUACGCCAACACGCUAAUGCAGAUGGGAAUGAUGUAGAGGCAACGGCCAUGCUAGUCUAUCUCUGUGACACUGAUGACCUCCCAUCUGACUUGAGCCACCCCAGCAACCACACUCCCUCCAGCGCUUUAGACAUGCCCUUGCUCAUGCUCAGCAUAAAGGGAUCCUUCUCUUACCACCACCACCACCCCCCCGCUAGUUGUGUUUAAAAUACACAUGGUGUAGUUCAGAUGGGAUGAGAUCACUUAGACCAGUUCAGUUGAAAACUGGGCGAGUACGUUCCUGUAUCUGUUAAAACUGGAAUAGUUCAAGAUUUUUGUUGUCCAUUUACCCCGUCUGCGUGUCCCGUCAAUGGGUAGAGAAAAUCAUCCUGAGAACCGCAGAUGCAACCCCCCCCCCCCCAUUGGAGCUGCUUGAUUUUCAAAUGUGUGACUGUAUAUACUCAGCAUAUGGGAUGAGGUAGCUGGUAUGUACCAAAGAUCUGUAAUGAAAGUGAUUGUUUUUUACCAAAAGCAAUGUCCAAUUUUAAAACCUAGAAUUGUACCGUCGACCUUUGUGAACAGCUUAAAGCAUCUUGAACUGGGAUGAGAGCAGCAUGUUCAUGCUUGUCAGUAUUUUUCCAAAACAUACUGUAUUACACAGUUUUAUUGAAUAAUGAAUCUUUUUAUUUUACAGCAUUGCAAAACAGGUUUAAUUAACUUGUAGGAUCCCAUCCCCUCUCCAUCAAAAAAGAGCAGAGUGUUCACUGGAGACCAUACUGACUGGCUCCUGGUGUGCUCUGAAAGGUGCUGUUUGCCAUGAUAUGUGUGUCUAGCUGGAUCACAUGUGUAACUGUUAUACUUUGCACUGCUGCAAUACUUCCUACGUAGGAAGGUACUGUUGCUCUCCGACUUCCCCCCCCCCCCCGUCAUUGUGCCGCUCAUCCGGCAGCUCCCGCACAGUCUGUUCCUCCCAACUAGCUUUGGUGUAAAGCAAACACUGGUGGCGCUCAAGUCUCCAAUCCAUGUUCGUUUACCAGUGACGUGGACCAUGUAUGGAUUCUUGUCAAUUCACAGACGUCCAAAAACCAAUCCAAUCUUGAAACGCACAGUUGCAUCGUCCAACGGCCCUAAACUUUUUAGAUGAAAUACACUAUUGUGUAUGUAUAUAUACUGUAUCAUUUAAAGAUUCCAUGUACAUGU